AUGUCUCCAAUUUUUCCAGUCCUAGACUUGUUAUCUUCUGAUGUCCACAUUGGCAACUCAGAUUCACCUAUCUCAGAGGUGUAUCCACCUAUCUCAAUGGUCUCAGAUACAACUACUCCCAAACUUUCUAUGCCUCAUCUCUCUGAUUUAUCACCAUUAAUGCCUGAUGCAAGAAGGGAGGCUUCUCUUGAUCCUAGAUGGGUUGAGGCCAUGCAGCUGCAGAUUGCUUCUCUUGAGGACAAUCAUACUUGGAGUGUUGUAGACUUGCCUCCAAAUAAGUCUCCUAUAGGUUGUAAAUGGAUCUUCAAAGUCAAGUACAAAGCCUCAGGUGAGGUGGGAAGAUUUAAGGCUAGACUAGUAACUAAGAGGUUCAGCCAGAAGGAGGGGGUAGAUUACACAAAAACAUUCUCUCUUGUGUCCAAGAUAGUCGCUGUGAGGUCAAUCAUUACUCUUGCAGCCUCCAAGGAUUGGUUCCUCUAA